AUGCCAGAGGAUGAGCCGUUCCCUUGGGACAUUGGCGUUUACGAUGCCCACUGUCACCCCACCGACACAUUGGCCUCAGUGGCCGACAUCCCGCAAAUGAAAGCGACAACACUGACAAUCAUGGCCACGCGCGGGGAAGAUCAAGAUCUCGUACAACAAACAGCCGUGUCACUGUCAGCCAAGACAAGCCAAUCAAUGGCAGACCGCGUAGUUCCCUGCUUCGGAUGGCAUCCGUGGUUCUCACACCAGAUUUUAGACGACACUACACAACCAACAGCUGCACAAAACCCAGCCGAGCACAAGUCCACGCACUAUACCGCCGUGCUAGCACCAUCCCCAGCCGAUGACCAACCAUUUGUUGAUUUACUUCCUGUUCCUAAGCCCCUCUCAGAACUAAUAUCUGAAACUCGGAACCGCCUCCAACAGUUCCCCAAUGCGCUAGUCGGCGAAGUCGGCCUGGACAGGUCAUUCCGACUUCCGAGCCCAUGGACUCCAACCGACAUCGAUAACAGAGAUGACCAGCUUACCCCCGGCUCACGAGAAGGCCGGCGUCUCUCAAACUACCGCGUCAAGCCGGAACACCAGCGCACUGUACUGAAAGCGCAGCUACAGCUAGCGGGAGAAAUGAACCGUGCCGUCUCGCUGCACAGCGUGCAAGCCCAUGGCGGAGUCUUUGAAGUGCUUAAGGAGCUCUGGGCAGGACAUGAACGGGUUAUGCUAUCGCGACGGAAGAGGGACAAGCAGCGGGAUGCAGAAGGCGCCGUGUCUGACGACGAUGAUGACAAUGACGGAGAUAAGACGUUGGAAGGAUGUGUGUCGACUAAAGCAUCUAACCCCAAAGGGAAAUCGUAUCGGCCGUUUCCGCCUCGCAUCUGCAUGCACUCGUACACCGGUUCGGUUGAGCCCAUUCGCCAGUUCCUGCAUCAGUCGAAUCCGUCGGAUGUUUAUUUCUCUUUCUCGAAACUUAUCAAUUUCUCCGGUGCUGCUGAGAAGAAGGUUGGUGAUGUUAUCAAGGCUUUGCCUGAGGAUCGCAUUCUUAUCGAAAGUGAUCUACAUGUUGCAGGCGCGCAGAUGGAUGAGUUGCUUGAAGAUGUGGCCCGACAGGUUUGUCAGCUACGUGGAUGGGAGUUGCGGCAUGGUGUACAGGUGCUUGCAGAUAACUGGCGGCGGUUUGUGUUUGGCUAG